GCCUUGUCUGAGAGCACAGAGCCUGGAGAUGCAGAGCCUGCUCCUGACUGUCACACUGUUUGUCCUGGUGGCUGUCCUACAAGCUCAGGAUGACCUGCCCUUCCUCUCAGAAGAAAAGAAACUCUCAGGUGUCUGGUUCGUGAAGGCUACAGUGAGUGAUAGGAACCUGACAAAGCUGAGCCCUGAGGUAUCAUUCCCUAAUAGAGUGUCAUUUCCGGAACAAGGAACUUUGGAGAUCAGGACUACCAUCAUGUCUGAGGGCCAAUGCAUCAAGGUUGGACUCCGUAUGCAGAGAACAGAGGAGCCUGGCCAAUACAGCUCCUUUUCCAACCAUGUGCUUUUCCACAUCCAUGAGCUGCCAGUGAAGGACCACUACAUCAUAUACACUGAAAUCCUUUUGUCUGAGAAAAAAUCUGAAGUAGUUGACCUACUAGGAAAGCAUCUAAAAGAAAACACAGAAGCCCUGGAAGAAUUUAAGAAAUUCAUACAGCGCAAAGGGCUUCUCCAAGAAAACGUUAUGGUGCCCGAGCAGAGGGAGCAUUGUGUUCCCAAACAUCACAGUGUCACAGCCCACCAGGACCACAACUGCUGAGCUAUCUUUGCCACUAGUACAAGGCAAUGACCUCACUGGACUACUCUUCCCGCUGGACCGCACCCCACUGAGCUGCAUUUCCCCCACUGGAGAUCCACUCCUUCCUUGACUGUCACUCCCACUGCACUGCUCUCCUGCUUUAGCUUUAAACUCCUGUCCCUGCCCAUCUGAAUCCAAUA